AUGACCUGUGAAAAACUGGUCCAACUGGCCUCACAAACUGAUGAACUGAGACAUAAACUGUCCAUAGGUGAUGAUGCGACCUGCAAGCAGCACAUGACUCGGGUGGAACUCAAAUGUCUUAUCAAACUUGUACAGUACGGGCUGGUUGAAGCUGAAUGUAUUGUAGUGGCGAAUGAUUACAUUCGAUCAAUGGAGGCUAAAUUGAAUCGAUCUCGUCGAAUGGUACGAAUAAUGAAUGCGAGAAAUCGGAGCUUGCAACGAAAGGUAUUACGAAAGCAUCAAGAAUGGCUUGAUUGGAUUUGCCAGUGUGAGGUGUUUCAACGUCAUUUGGAUACUUGGCGUUUUGCCUUGUCAUUGUAUGAUUCCAACUACUCCUGUCUAACACACAUGAUGGCUGAUUCAGUGAUCGAGCUAAACAAACAGAACAAAUCGGAAUCGGAUGUUCCAACCAAUAUGAGCAGUUUGCCAUGGAUUUGGUUGGUCGGAAGUAAAAUGGAAUUCUGGUCUCGAGUAAAUGAACUGUUGGAAUUAGGACAAUUAUAUCGGGCCGUACAGAUCACCAUGGAUGCGUUUCAAUUAAGAAAACUCGUACCAGCCUCACAGAGACAUCGAUGGUUGCCGAACUGCUUGAUUGAAUUGCCAAAAGCGUUGGAUUAUCUUUCUAGUUUGGCUUUACACUGCUAUCGUGAAGAGGCUAUUCGAUUGGGAUUGAACUGUGCCAACCACGCAGUUCGAUUACUGCUGAAACAGCUCACAACUGCUCAGAUUCAUGAGACAGAAUGGGCUGUCUUGUUGGAGUGUGGCCGUAAGCUGAUUCAGGUGUUCUGGCUCACAAAGCGUUAUCAGGAGGCAGCCGUGGUUCUCUUCGGGAUCCUGGGAGCUCGACGAGCGCUGACUGACGAUGCGGAAAAAUCUGAGACGUGGAAAAGAUGCUCACAAUUAGCCUGUCUCCUCACUGGUGGGUUGUGUCUUUUCUCUAGUCAGACGAAUCAGUUAGCUCUCCUGAGUUUCUAUCGGGAAGAUCAAAUUACUUUGUUUCUGACGGAACUGGCCGUAACCUGGUUGGAAACUGCUUUAGCAAUACAUCUGAGCCGUUACAAAGAUGUAGUCGACAAUAGGUCGAUGGAUUUAACUCAUGGACCGUCAUUUUAUCUAUGGUCUUGUGCAACCGCUUGUCUAGGUCGUCAGUGUUCAAAUAUCGGUGCAGUCUACGAUGUGUUUCUGCUAGCCACACGUGUGCUCAGUAUCCUUGCUCAGAUUGAACCGUGGCAAACCGAAUGUGCUGAGUCUCUAACACAAGUUAUCACAAUUGCCCUAACGGCUGAAUCAGAAUCAUCGGAUUCACCAUCAGCGGAGAUUCAAGAUCAUGCACAGGACAUUCUGGAACAUAACGGUUGUCAACCCAUGAGCUUAGAUCUGUACCUUCAGAAAGUGCAAUACACAGAGCUAAUUGAACCGGUGGAAUCGUUAAUGCAAGAAGUGAUCCUUGUUUGUCGGGGACAACAGUGGGAAACUGCAGCUACUUUAUUGGAGUGGUGGAUUACCGGAUGUCAACUGCGUCGACAAAGAGCGGCUGUACAAAAUCGACGCAAUAAGCCAAAUCACGGGGGUGAAACUUACUGCGCGAAAAACAUACCAAACGAGACAAAACUAGAAACAGAUUCUAAGGCACCAACAAGUCAGAACCGAAACAUGCCUAUUCCGUUGGCAAAGUUAAAGUUCCGUACCAUUCAUGUUCGAUUUUUGCAUUUUCUCAUGCAACUACACACUUCCAAUAGAUUCACCUCGGACGGGUUGUUUAAUACAAACAUAUCACAGCUAAACGUGGGCAAACACAGGGAUUGUAGCCCCGAUGAAGUAUACUGCAAUUUAACCGGUGAGGAACAAGACGCUCGAGUCACCUGCUUUGUGCCGGGAUUCAAACAAUUGAUGCCUGGAACCUUCAAGCUGCUUGGACAACUGGCUGCGCGAAGAACAAAAUUGAAUGCCGGUGCAUGCCUGUCCGAUGGUUGGUUUAUUUUAACAACUAAUCGAAAACUUUGGGCUUGGUGGAAGCUCACAUUUUUCAACGAGCGACGUAGUGAUACAAGUCAACGACAACAAUUCGUGAGUCCGUUCCUCGACAGAAAUUCGAUGAUCCACAUAUGGGAUGAAAGUGUCCGGUUAGUUCAAAAUGAGUUAAGAUGCAUCAUUUCCGGAAAGAAAGGUAGUCAUCCACAAGAAAGUAAUAGUUCAGUGGGCAGACCAUUGAAAUUACCAACGCGACUACAAAUCCGGCCGUUUCCUGUGACUCAAGAUUUAGUACAUCUGAUAUGUGCAAAUCUGACUUCUUCGGAAAUCGAUAAACCUGCUUUGGAUGAACAAUCCCGUAUUGCGAUAAAACCAGACACAAAAGUGUCAACAGAAGAAAUAAAACCGGAAGCUGAGAAACAAUUAAGCCCAAACACAUCUGUGGAUCGAAACUCACUUAACCCGGUAUCAAUCAAGGAGAAAAUUCGUUCAGUUCUCACUGGUCGUCUUGGGUANGUUCUCACUGGUCGUCUUGGGUACUGGAUUACUUUUCGUUGGAAAUCAGGCUUGGUCCAUGAGCUCCUAUGCAAGAGUCCAGGAAGAAGUCCUGGUACGGAAGCGUGA